UUCUACUCAUUCUCGAACAAUCAUCUUCCAGAUCCAAGAACUUUCUCUUUUCCUUCAACUUGCGAGACCGCCCAAUCGUUAUCCUUAGCGAGUAUUUUAAGCACUGAGUUGCUUACAUCACAUAUUUCUUAUCCACUAUGUCUGUUUUGGACAGGUAUGGUCCCGAGGUGCAGAGAGUCCCUGCAGAUGCCCCCAUUGAAGACAUCAUUGCACUUCUCAAGCGUGACGGAGGUGUUUUCGUGAAAGGGCUUGUAUCUGAGGCAGAUGUUGAUAAGGCAUAUGGUGAAUGUCGAGCACGUUUAGACUCCGAUGUCGAAUGGUCGGGCAGCUUCUUCCCCAAGGAGACGCAACGGGCGCCAAGCCUCCUUGCUCUCAGCCCUACAUACGCGCGAUCUCAGGUCAUGAACCCAGUCUACCAGCAAGUCGUCGAUCAUUUCCUUACUACACGAAGUUGGUUCUGGUGGGGCACUGAACGGAAGGAGUCGGUUUCUAAACCAUACUUGCAUUCUUGUACAGCUAUGAGGAUUGGACCUGGAGGCAAAGCGCAGCCACUUCAUCGCGACGACUACAUCAGUCAUAAUAUCCAUAACAAUAUCGAAAAAUGGGAUGAUGAGCGUGACGUGAACCGUGAAUCUGCUGUUGGACUGUUUGUGGCUGGGUCAAAGGUCACGAAGGCGAAUGGCGGUACGCAGUUUAUCCAAGAGAGUCAUCUAUGGGGUUCAGAACGUGGCCCUCCGCGUGUUCAAGACUGCAUCUAUGCCGAGAUGGACAAAGGCGAUGCAUUCAUCAUGCUUGCUUCAGCGUAUCAUGGUGGGGGUACCAAUUCCACCAAAGACCAGCACCGCUUAGUCUUUGCUACAUUUGCUGUUCGUGGCUUUUUGAGACAGGAAGAAAAUCAAUUCCUCGCUGUGCCUAGAGAAACAGCGAUGAAGCUUGACCAGGAUAUACAGGCAUUCAUGGGCUAUUCGAUGAGCGAUCCGGCAUGCGGUUAUGUUGAACAAGUAGAUCCGAUAUAUCUGCUUCGGCCAGAGCUCGAGAAAAGUCCUUCGGACUUUUAGAAAGUUGAAUAUUAAGACAAAUAAUGGCUUCUAUGUAUGACUUCAGUAGUUGAAAACUGAGGUGGAUGCCGAUAUCCCACUUCUCCGAGUGCGGG